AUAAGGUGGAAAAGGAAAGUGAAGUUGAACAGAACGAACAAAAUAGUGAAGCAGAAGAAAAAGAGAAAAGUGGAACUGAAAAAGAAGUUGAAAAAAAGGAUAGAAGUGGUGUUAAAAAAGAUGAAAAGGAUGAAUAUAAGAUGCUUGAUUGGUCCCCAGAAUGCUAG